AUGAGUAAAACCAUUAUUGUUAGUGAAACAGGAGUAUUCCAUGAUACUUUAAAUAAGGUGUUGGCAGAGACUGCAAAGAAGAUCUUUGUUACUUUUGUAUCUACAAAGAAUGCUGACGGUACUUUUUGGUGUCCAGAUUGUCAAAGAUCCGAUCCAGUAUUAAACAAGGUAUUUAAUGAAAAUGGUUCAACUGUCAUUGAAUGUGUUAUUCCAAGAGAAGGAUACAAAGGUAAUCCAGAACAUCCAUACAGAACUGAUUCUCAAAUUCAAUUAAAAUGUAUUCCAACUUUAAUUGCUUGGUCAAAGGAUGGUCCAGCUGAUCGUUUAAUUGAUGCCGAUUGUGCCAACGAAGAGUUGGUUACCAAAUUUAUUAAAUCACAUCAAUAA